CAAACUUGUCAAUUCUGUUUUAUUGGAUCUCGCUACAAAUAAAGAUUAUCGUUUAUGGUCACAAAACUUAGCCGGUGAAAUAAAUUGUUUUCAAUACUUAUUAAUACAAUAAUUUAUCAAUUUCCAUAAUGCCCGUAAACAGCGCCACGUCUUUUGUGUUAUCGUCAAUUUUAACCUUAUUAAUAUUUUCUGGAAUGCAAAUGUACAAACCACUUCUAACAAGGUCUCCAGUCACAAUUAUUUUUGGCGGGUACUUGGGCUCCGUAAUGUUCAUGUUCUUCGUUACUGCUAUAGGAAACCUGGAGGCUACAUUGUUUGGAAAAAAUUUCCAAUUGAAAUUGCCGGAGAUUGUGUUAUCAAUGAUAAUUUCUCUUAUUGCAUCAGGGAUGGUACAUAGAAUAUGUUUCACAACAUGUUUAAUUUUCUCUCUUAUUACUCUCUACUACAUGAAUAAAUUGUCCCAGAAAACAUAUGCUUCUACAACUACUGUUCCUGCUCCAGUAAAGGGUCGUCGUCACAAAUAAAUAAUAAAUUAAUAUGAUUUUUUUAAUAAACAUUUAUUUUAA